AAUCACGGGCACUUCCGCUCCGCAAAAUGGAGCGGAAGUUGGCGGAAUGGCGGGCGCAGCAGGCGGCGGCGGCGGAGAAGAAACCGUCGGCCGUGAGCGAGCGCCGGGAGGGCGGCGGCGGUGUUUUCAGCGGUCUGUGGCGCAGACUGCGGCCCGGGAGGGCUGAGGGAGAGCCGCGGGAGUCGCACCGAGACCCGCCGGUGAAGGCGGCCGCGGUCCCGGGCCUGGAAGCUGAGGGCAGCAGCUCCCCCACUGAGGCCGCGGGUCGUGUCAGAUCCCCGGCGUCCGGAGAGGUGUGGGAGCAGUCCCGAUGCGUAGCCCGGGAAAAGGAAGAAAAUGACCAGAAUUCAUUUAAGGAAAAAUCUGCAGAACAGACAAUGGAACCAGAUCGUUUUAUCUUCAUAAUUUUGACUGUUCUGAAAUUCCUGCUUUGGCUGGUAUUACUUGGCCUCUUCAUUGAGCUGGAGUUUGGCCUGGUUUAUUUUGUCCUCUCAAUGUUUUAUUGGAUUUACGUUGGGACACGGGGGCCAUCGGAAAAGGAACAAGGAGAAGUUAGCGCGUACUCUGUGUUCAACCCUGGUUGUAAGGCUAUUGAAGGAAGUCUGACAGCAGAACAGUUUGAACGAGAACUUCAGUACCGACCUCUGGCCGGCAGAUGAACUUGCUUCCUGGAAAAUGGAAGAUUUGUUUUUAUUGAACCGUAACCAACACAAUGUUCUAAUGCACUAACACAGUAAAGGUCAACAGUUAGCAAAGUCAUCGUACAUGUUGUAAAUUGCACACAUGUAACAGGUAUUUAAAUAGAGUAAGAGAUAAGUUCAACUAAAUUCUUUAUAAAAACAAGUGUGUGGUGUCAUCAUUGAAUCUAAAUCCUGUGUUCCUUAUCUGUUGUACUGUCGGAAUGCCUUGUACUGCAGAGGUGCAACAAGAAGCCCACGUUAAGGGUAAUUUAGUAUGGGCAAUGAAUACUGUCAGUAAUGUCCACACCCUGUAUAGUAAAUAAAACCGCUGAAAUUCUGCUGACUACAGACUGAAGAUAAAUCAUGAAGUAAUAUACAUAUUCAAUCUCAAUCACCAUAUCCCCAUUUUCUCUGGGUUUGGGGAGGAGGAAGUCAAUUUCCUUGCGAACCUUCCUCUUAAUGGAAAGCAGUUUGGGUUAUAUGAAAAAAGUAAAACAAAAUUCUGUCAUGUUAAUCAUGAGUUCAUCUUGAGCAUUUCAUUGUCACCUGAUUCUACAAAGCCUAUGUAUACUUACAAUACCAACAUUUUCUAAAAUCAUGUUGGAGAUUUGGUUGCAAACAGUAUAUUUCUGAAUGUACUGAAGUUAGCUGAAGAAUUAAAUAGCAUGUGUGAUCCUGACUGUUACAAAUAACAAAUAUCAGUGCAAGUCUAGUGCCAUUCUUCCUUCUGUCAUUCCUCCCAGCAGGAUAAAAGUAAAGAAACCUCCACUGGUUGUCAUUCUUUGUGGCAU